AUCACAUAUUUGAAUAUUCUCGACUUACGAAAGAUGUUUCGAAUAAUUUAAAAUAUUUUAAUAAAAUCCGAUAGUUGAACUUAUUGAUGUUGAAUUAAAGUUUUCGUGGUUAACAUGUGUCUUGAAAAAAGUUGAUGUAUUUGGUUUUGAUUGAUAUAAUAAACGUUGACAAUGAAGAUUUCCUUGCGAGUGCCAGGUGCCAACCAGUGGAGGAAAUCUCCGUAGUGUACCAAAAAGGGAACACGGAACCAAAUUUAGAUUUAGUAGCACUGUAUAGAUCUAAAUGUCUUAUACAACAAUCCAUUGCGCUGCUUGUAGCAGGCGCCGACUAUGUUUGACUCGACAAAAGGCGCAUUGCUUGUAGCGCCUUCUCUUGCGAACAGCUCAUGUUGGCUCAAUGGUAAAGGGUGGCCGUCUACCUUCCCUGCAACGUCAGACAUCAUCAAAGCAUUCUGUAUCUUCACGUUGGCUAUGGCAAUUGUCUUCUGCAAUCUAGUUCUGAUCUGUGUCUUAAAUAAUAGGAGAUAUAUCAAAUAUAUUGAUAACCAGCCGAGGUAUCUAUUAACUUCACUGGCGUUAAACGAUUUAUUCACUGGAAUUUUAAUUGCUCCUGUGGCCUUUCUACCAGCGCUAUAUAAGUGCUGGCCUUACGGAGAAAUUUUCUGUCAAAUACAGGCACUUCUACGUGGAGCAGUAAGUCAACAGAGUGCUGUUAUUCUCGUCUGUAUGGCAAUAGAUAGAUAUUUGUAUUUAUUACACCCAACCACUUAUCAUAAGCACUCUAGUAAAAAGGGCUGCGUACUUGUUAUAAGUAUUACCUGGAUAUUGUCUGUUUCCCUAUUUGCAAUGAUGGUGCUACCAAAAUCAGGAUAUUACUUCAAUGCAACUGGUUUAAUGGCCUGUGAUGUAUUUCAUAGUCGAGUAGCAUUCAGAAUUCUUUCAUGUUGUGCGUACUACUUCCCAACAACGAUGGCUUUAAUGUACUGCUACGGGUCAGGCUUUCAUGUGAGUAAAACAAGAGGAAAAUGCGAUCAAAACAUGAGAGUCAAUGGAGCUAUGCAACCCUGUAUUAAAAAUCACGUGGAAAUUGAAUCUGUGCAAAUACAAGCUCCUACUAGACCUCAUAGCGUUAGCAUAUCACGUACGAUGGCUGCAAUUUCUUUAGGAUUUAUUGUUAUGGUGACACCAGCUACUAUUCAAGAAGUUGUCGCUGCCUGCACUGGUUGCAAGAUACCUCCUUUGUUGGAUUUUCUUGUAACAUGGAUUGCUCUGAGUGAUAGUUUUUGGAACCCUUUUCUAUAUUGGCUCUUAAAUAGUCACUUUAGAAGAAUCAGUCACGAGCUUUUGCAGUUUUACUUUUGCUGCCGGAAGCCAAAAUCUUUUCCUGGUUAUGAUAAGCCUACAGGAUGUUGCAGUUCACCUUUGACCUCGGACGGCUUACAUUCAAAAGGUGAAUUUGAAGGAUUGAGGGAAAAAUAUUGGGGAGAAAUUUUAGAAAGGACAGUUUCAUCUUCUUCUUUACAUGCAAUGCAAAAAUCAUGUUCUAGAGAUGGUCUCCGUUGUUCCGGAUCUUUUAAGGGAUACCGCAGUAAUUCCUGUAAACAUGGAAACAGAUUUUAUGAUGAGUAUGGCCCAUCUGAAUAUAGACAUUUAGAUCGACCAGCAUUCUUGAUAGAUUCUUGUUCUAGACAAUGUAGAUUGAAAAAUUCUGACUUCUGUUUAUUUAGACCAAGCAACGGAUUUGAUUGUGGUCGAUCACGAUCUAAUUUAAGCUUGGAUGAAGGAAACUUUACCAAGAUUAUUUGUAACAAUAGACAUCCGGAAUUGUGAGAGUUCCGAAACUGUCCGGUCUUCGGGCAUAGAAGUAACAGUGUAAGUGUAUAUCCUGGUGUUGAACAUUUUAAUUCUAAUUUAAAAUGGAAAUUUAAUGAAUCCCCUUGCAUGGACGAU